GCAUGCCCCGCGCUCCGCGCCCCCUUUCCUUUCAGCCUCGGGCACCGGGGUGGCCUGGCAGACCUGCUGACAGGGAACCGAUAUGUCGGCGACUCUGGGCAACGGGGAGCGCUGGACCGAAGCUUACUUUGAUGCAGUUAGAAGAAACAAAUACCCAGAAGACAGACCUCCUGAGAGUCAUGACUCCUGUGGCUGCUAUAACUGCAUGAAGGCACAGAAGGAAAAGAAGUCUGAGAAUGAAUGGUAUCAGACCCGGCAGGGUGAAGGAAGUGCCACCUACACCGAGGAGCAGCUGCUUGGGGUACAAAGGAUCAAGAAAUGCAGAAAUUACUAUGAAAUUCUGGGAAUUUCACGAAAUGCCAGUGAUGAAGAGCUUAAGAAAGCUUAUCGAAAACUCGCUCUGAAAUUUCACCCUGACAAGAACUGUGCUCCUGGAGCAACAGAUGCUUUCAAAGCAAUAGGAAAUGCCUUUGCAGUACUGAGCAAUCCUGACAAGAGACUCCGCUAUGAUGAAUAUGGAGAUGAACAGGUGACUUUCACUGCCCCUCGAGCUAGACCUCAUAAUUAUUACAGGGACUUUGAAGCUGGCAUCACUCCGGAAGAGCUAUUCAAUGUCUUCUUUGGAGGACAUUUUCCUACAGGAAAUAUUCAUAUGUUUUCAAAUGUGACAGAUGACACCCACUAUUACCACCGGCGGCACCGACAUGAGAGGAUGCAGACACGGAAGGAAGAAGAAGAUAAACCUCAGACUACAUAUUCUGCAUUUAUUCAGUUACUUCCAGUUCUUGUGAUUGUGAUUAUAUCUGUCAUUACACAGCUGCUGGCUGCUAAUCCCCCUUAUAGCCUAUUCUACAAAUCGACCAUGGGGUACACCAUUUCAAGAGAGACCCAGAACCUGCAGGUGCCUUACUUCGUGGAUAAAAACUUUGACAAGGCCUAUAGAGGAGCAUCUCUGCAUGACCUAGAGAAGACCAUAGAGAAAGAUUACAUCGAUUACAUCCAGACGAGUUGUUGGAAGGAGAAACAACAAAAGUCGGAGUUGACAAAUUUGGCAGGAUUAUACAGAGAUGAACGAUUGAAACAGAAAGCAGAGUCACUGAAACUUGAAAACUGUGAAAAACUUUCCAAACUCAUUGGCCUACGAAGAGGUGGCUGAGAGGAUGGUAGUCCUAUGCAGAGUCAGGGUUUGGCUACUUGUUACUAUUUACAUUCCUAACUCCAUUUUAUAAUACAAAAUUAGGAAAUUUACAUUUUACUAUUUGCUAGCUUUGGUGGGCAGAGUUGAAGGAGCUUGAGCAUGAAGCCAGACUUAUCAUCACAGAAUUCUUCCUGGGGAUUGGCUCCAAGGGCCAGGAACAGUUCAUCUAAAUUGAAUUAAUGGCACAGCAUUUGAUUCAGCCCCCAACUCUACGCCUACCCUGCCUCCAUGAAUUUAGUUCAGAGCAUCUCGGAGCAAAUCCACAUUUUCUUCCUUCUUCCCUUCUUCAGGCAGGUCUUAAUACCCAGGCAGUCCUAGGCUUAGCCAAAGCAAUUUAAUAUUAAUUAUUUACAUGCGUAUGAAGAAUUAUAUCUCUCCCUUCAUUAGAGCCUCAUUUCAUCCAAGAUUCAGCCUUUGGAACAUGCUCCUAGUCAAUUUUCCAUUUUCUAAGGGAAGUGUGGUCAAAUGAAAUAUAUGGAGAAAUAUAAACUCAUUGUAGCAAAUAGUCUUCUAUUUCCCCAAUCUCUGUCUAGAGGUACCAACAUUAGCAAACUGCCUGAUUUAAGAUUCUUUUGUUUCCUCAACCCUCCCUCUUGUAGAGGGUCUAAAAAUUAAAAACUAUUGAGGUAUGAAACAGACAACUCAGCGGCGGGAAGCAGGAGGCUGGGAGUGGAGGUAAAAUGCAAGGCUAAGUCUCUUAGCUCUUCAUUGCAGGUUCCCUAUUCCAUCGUAGAACCCAGAGACUAUUCUUUUUGUCAUUUCUCCUUAUGGCAUCACAUUUGAGCUGAGUCUCUAUACCCCACAGAGGUAGAGUAGUCAGACCCAAGAGGAGGCAUUGCUAGCCAGCCAGGCUGAUUGCUCAAGCUUAGAGAUAGAGGGGAAAGAUCUUCUCUCCAUGGGUAUGGGGGUAAUCUGCAUUGGCUUUAGCAGCCACUUUAUUUAACCCAGUACCUAUAGUUUUAUUUGAGCUGCUUUUGUACUCAUUCCACAUUUAGUGAGUGCCUACUGUUGGGGAGGGUCUCUCGUGUGUGUGUGUGUGUGUACACACACAUAUAUUUUUUUUUUUACUUAAGUCUCUUCACAACUCUGCAAAGUGAUAGAACGCUAGUCCAGAGAGGAUGAAUGGUUUGCCCUGGGUCACACAACUGGUAGUGGCAGAGCUAGAUGGUAGGCUGAUUGUCACGUGGAAAGUAUGAAAUCAUCCCCAUCACUCAGGUGAUUCUAGCCAGAUUAGUAAAGCAGAGUCUUUCCCAAGGGUGCCCUUGUCCCUACCACCCCCACCCUGGGACCCUGCAUCCCUUCUAUGGCAACUCUGCAUCCACUCAGGACCCAUUCCUAACUGGUUUUUAGAAAACAGGAUCCUCUUUACACAAAUUCCAUAUACAAAAUAAGAGGUCCCUCAAAGGCAGGCAGCUCCUGCCACUGGUGACAAGGAAGAGGCAGGUUAUUGUUUGGGUUAGGUCAUUCUGGGCCUUCCUGCUGAAGUGAACUAUCUGGAUUGAGCUGCCCAGAUUAUCAAGAACUUGAAAUGAUCCAGUAGGUGACUGCAGUCUACACUCCAUGUUUUCUCCAGGACGGAAGACAAGUUCCUGUUGGAAGGAGAGUAUAUACUAAAACUGGUUUCCAAAGUACAACUUCCCCUUUCAGAUUCAAACAGCCAUGGUUUUAGAAGUAGCCAGCAUGGGUCAACAUGUGGCAUUCCACAGGGUCCACAGAUAAAGAGUGGGGCUUUGGCAGCUGGUAGGGGACAGCUGCUCAGCUGUGGGAGGGUGAAUAGUUCCAAAGAUAGCCAGAUUUUCCUGCCCAACUAGGUACAUCCUCCUGGUUUGGGGGGACCUCCUUGACCCCCUCUGAGUGACUAGGAAUUUACACUGUAAAAUGUGCCACUGAGCCAAAAAGGCUUAUGGAAAGUCAUGUAUACACCGCCAAACCUAAGCUCUUCUCUCUCAACCCUAACCUCUGCUAGAGAAUGGGCCAUAAUUCAACUAACUUGACAGGUUAAAAGACCCUGCUCUAGAUACCCAUGAAUAGUGUAGUCACAACAUUUUAUGGAUUUCAUGACAGAGAAGAGUUAUCUGUGAUGAUACUAAAUGGUGGCAAUACUAACUCACUCCACUCAAUUUCAGGUCCAUUGUCUGUUAUUGUUGUGCUGAUGGUACGGUUUUAUUUAUUACCUAAUAGACCAAAACAGUCACAUCUGGCUUUUCUCAAGGGAAUGGUAUUUGCUUUUGAUUAAAGGACAGUUUAAUCUAUUUGGUACUAUCCAGAGUACUGUUAAACUGCAGUUUCCAGUUUAUAUUUUAGAUAAGUUGCCUGUGUGGUUGUAAAAUAAGCUUUUUCCUCUUGCCUAUAUCCAUUAGAAGAUUUCUUGAUCAUAUAUAAACUCUUUAGGUAAGACUGAUUCUUGCCAUCAGAACUGAUACUCAGCACUUGACUGUUUCUCUGAGCAUUACUGCAGAUUGGAGACCUGUAUGAAGAAAGUGGGGAUUGGAAAUAAAGUUUGAGGCUCAAGAAGAAACUGAAGCUCUCAUUCGUAAGAGAAGGGGCUCUCUCUGCACCACGUGAUCAGCAGUGAGGAGGAGAGGAUGAAAAUCCUUCUCAUAUCACAAAGAACAUUGCAGUUUGAAGAAAUCCAUGGCCCCAGAUUAGAAACCCUGGGGUUCAUCUGCUCUAACCGGAAAACGUCUUAGCUUCCUCUUGAUCAGCAGCAGGCCUCACGGAUUGGGAGAAGUGACCAGGAGGAACACUGGUUUGCUUUCUGUUGCAGACUAUUGGGAAUUACACUGAAUCCCAAACCCACAAGCAUAUGGGAGCCAGCAGCCUGGCCAGGCUAUAUGUUAUUCUCAUUUUCAUCCACACACUCAGGACUGGCUUUGUGAGGAGGCCCUGUUGGGAUUCCAGCAGCUUUCUGUUAGAACUGGCCACACAUGCAAGUUCAUUGUCUUCUGCAUGCACUACUCCUCAUAGGAGCUAGCACUUAAUUUGGAUUUAUUUUGGAUUCAUUUAAGGUGUAAGCUUAGUGUCCUAAUAUAUUUAUUUUCAAAGAGGGCCAAUUUACUCUACAUCUUAUUUUUUGAGCCUGCAUUGUUGAUACCUCUUGCAGUGACCACUGAGUAAUUAUAUGCCCAUGUGUUAGAUAUUGAUUGCAUCUUUUGCAUCACACCCAGUAUUUGGAAUUAAAGAUGUGAAUGUUCCAUGAGUAGAGCUGGAGCUGACACAUAGAAUCAGCUCCUGGUGGAGUAAGAAUCAUGAAAAAUCUGAUCACUUGAUCCACUGCAUCUGGAUUGAGUAUAUUUUAACAGAGAAAAAAAUUAAAUGACUUUAUACAAAAA